GGUCUGUUUCUGGGAUGCGGCAGCUCGCUGGCUAGCGCUGGGCCCGGAGGUGCUGUCGUGGCCUACGUGCUGAUGGGAACGAUCAUCUCCUCUGUUAUCAGCUGCCUCGGCGAGAUGACCGCCCUGAUGCCAGUCAAUGCCCCAGUCAUGGAGUUUCCACGCCGAUUCGUCAGUCGCGGUGUCGGCUUUGCUGUCGGCUGGAUCUACUGGUUCGCAUACGCCGUGCUCGCUGGCGAACAGCUCGUCGCGGUCUCCAAUGCCAUCAAGUUCCGCUACGACGACGGGAAGACGUUCCUGCAGUGGGAGGUCGGCGAACGCGUCGACAAUGCUGUCUGGAUUUCGGUGUUCCUGGUGCUGGUGGUGAUUUUCAACAUGUUCCCUGUUCGCGUAUGUGUGCACCGACUAUGGACACUUGGGAAUAUCGAUGACCGAUGA